CCCAAAACCGUUGAAAUCAAAAUCCCAAAUUCUCAGUCCUUAAACCCUAAAGCUCAGUGCUUUUUUGCUUCAACGAAGAAGAAGAUGGAGACCCGAAGCUUAUUGGACGAAGCUUUAGGGCUUCAACACCUCACUGGCCGCGUCCUCCUCCUCGAAGACUGCGUCGAGACCAGUGCUGCUUUCGUCCUCCACCACCUGCUUAAGCGCUCUCUUUCUCAGCCUCUUCACUCCUCCAACGUCGUCGUUUUCGUCGCCUUCGCCCAACCCUUCUCUCACUACGAUCGAAUCCUCCGAAAGCUUGGCUGCAAUUUAGCUGCGCAUAGGAACGAUAAUAAAUUCGUUUUCUUUGAUAUGCUUAGGGAUUUUUGCCCAGAUGGAGAUAAUGGGAAAGGCAAUGAUGGUGGAUUGGUUUCUUUGUAUGGGAAAAUCCUGAAGACUAUAAGUGCCUUGCCUCAAGAAAACAAGAACUGCGUUACCGUUAUGAUAGACGAUGUGUCGUUAAUGGAGGUGUCUGCUAAGGGAUCUACAAAUCUUGUCUUAGAUUUUCUGCAUUAUUGCCACACUUUGAUAUCAGAAUUUGGAUGUUCCUUAGUCAUGCUUAAUCAUGAGGACAUCUAUUCAGGCAUGGGGAGGCCUACGCUGAUUUUACAGAUGGAGUACCUGGCAGAUAUUCUGAUAAAGGCGGAACCUUUGGCCACUGGUUUGGCCUCAGAUGUGCAUGGACAGUUGACAGUUGUGAACAGGAGCAUUGAUGAUGGGGAGAGAUCAAGAAACAAACUGUGUAAUUUCCAUUUCAAGGUCAAGGAAAACAAUGUUGAGUAUUUCUAUCCUGGAAGCAGGACUUGAUGAUGACCAUGAAUACGUGAGGAUUCUCAAAUUGUGGAUGCAUCUAUGUUGAGUAUUUCUAUCCUGGAAGCAGGACUUGAUGAGGACCAUGAAUACUUGAGGAUUCUCAAAUUGUGGAUGCAUCUAUCGGAGAGCUUACUUGGGGAUAUAAUGUGAACUCUUAUCCCUUUGUAUUUUCCUUAUCCAACCUCAGCGGAUGUUAUUGUUACCAAUUCAUUUUAGAGGUUUCUAGUCACACUCAAAAUUCAACAUUACUCUGAGAAUCAGAGUAAUUCUAGUUAAUUUAGAAACUGACAUCAUCUUUGUUCUCUC